AUGAGGUUCCUUAUGGGAUUGAAUGAAAAUUUUGAAACCAUUAGGACUCAAAUUCUAAUGUAUGAGCCUCUCCCUUCAAUUAACAAGGUUUAUGCAUUAGUCCUUCAAGAAGAGUCUUACAAGAAUGCUGGACAUGGAGGAUCCUAUAUUGCUAAACCUGAUACUGUGGCAAUGUAUGCAAACUCAAAGGGAAACAGCUCUGGUAAUUCAAGAUGGAACAAAGGAAACAACAAAAAAGAGAGACCUAUGUGCACUCAUUGUAACAUGUUUGGGCAUACUAUUGAUAAGUGUUUCAAGUUACACGGAUACCCACCUGGUUACAAGCUAAAAGGGAGAUCAAGUGCAAAUCAAGUUUCUUGCACUCAAGGAACUAUAAUUGAGAAUUCUUCCCAAAGUCAGAUUCAAUGUCCUAUCACCAAGGCUCAAUGUGAGCAGUUGUUGGCUUUUCUCAAUACAAGAUCAACUCCUAGUAACAAUCAUCAUGUUGCUAAUGUAAGUGUUGGUAAUGGUUUGUUUGGAUUGAUCUCUAGAUCUGCUAGUGUUCAUGGUGUUGCUGUUGUGACAGACAAUUCUUCCCAGCCUCAAGCACAUAAUAACUACCUUGAAAUCAUGUCAGGUUUUAUGUCUAAUCUUUUCUUUACUCCCAAUUUGACACACUCUAUUUUCUCAACCAAAUUGGUUAAUAGAACUUGUUUUGGAUCCACUAACUGGGUCAUAGACACAGGGGCUACUAACCACAUGGUAGAUUCAAUUACUUGUUUCACACAUAUCACAGCCACUUUGAAUACUCAUGUGAAUCUACCCAAUGGUGAAAUUGCUUUGGUCACACACAUUGGGACUGUCCAAAUCACUGAAACCCUUAUCUUGUACAAUGACCUUGCUCAUUGGAGCACGAUUGGUCUGGGUAAAGAGUGCAAUGGGCUCUACCUUCUGAAAGAAAGCAAGUCUAAGUUUACUGCUAGAGCUAGGAAGUGUGUGUUUCUAGGAUAUCCUUUUGGUGUGAAAGGUUACAAAGUCCUAAAUAUAUCUACACGUACUGUUUUCAUGUCCAGAGAUGUGGUGUUUCAUGAAGAAAUUUUCCCUUUUGCUGGUGAUAAUGAAUCAAUUUUAGAUCUUUUUCCUUUUAGUUCUGAAGUUGAUGACCUUGCCAAUUCCAGUUUAGGUAAUGACUCAUUUGUUACUCCUAUGUGCAUUCCUGAAAAUCAUAUUCCUUGUUCAACUCCAAUUAAUGAUUCUGUUUCAGUUGAGGUUCCAUCUUCUAAUUCUAAUAAUUCUUCUUCUUUUGUCAUUCCUAUUGUUACUUCCCCUGAUAUUCAUGAUUCUACUGAUUCUUUGAUUCCUUCUUUACCCGAACAUACAGUUCCUAGAAUUGUCCCAACAACACCAGUUUCUACAACAGCAGCAUAA